AUGAAUAAUAGAAUGUCAAAAAAAAAAAAUAACAUAUCUGAAAGUGUAAAAGAGACAAAGGAGGAGAGGGUUUUAAAAAGGUUUGAAGAAAAUAAAAUAAAAUGGGAAAAUAAUAGCAAAAUACUUAUGAAAAAAACGAACAAAAAAGAUACUUUAGCAGAUCAGGGGGAAAAAUACAGAGAAAAAAAUGAGCUAAAUACAUUAUUGGAAUAUUUAAAAAAAGAAGAUGAAACAAAAGUUCAAUGGAUAAAGAAUUUAAGAAUGGAACCUAAAAAAAUAAAAUUCAAAAAAACAACGAAAAAGCUAAAUAUAUACAAUAAUACAUCAAAAGAAAACAAACAAAAUAUAUUUGAUAAAAUUCUUGAAAAAAAACAUCAAUGUGAAGGUAAAGAAACAAAUAAUGAAAAUUAUGUUUAUGUAACAAAUAGAGAUGUAAAGAAAGAAGAAUAUCAAAACAUUGUUGUUAAUAAAAUAAAAAAUAAUUUAGAAUUUUUUUUAUCAAAUUUUGCUAUUCCAUUAUUUGAUAAUUUAUAUGUCCAAGGAAAACCAAUUGAACAUGAAAAUGAAUCAAAUUGUGAAGAUUUUGAAACAAAUAAACUUUCAAGCAAAGAAAUAAAAUGUUUAAAUGUAUUAGAAAAAGAAACGAGCCCAUUGGAUCAAGAUAAAUCACAACAAGCUUAUUCAAUAAAACACGAAAAUAUAAAUAAAACAACAUCGCAUGAUGAAAUAAUAAAAGUAAAUUGCUCAUAUAUAAAUAUAGAAAAUAACGGAAAAGAUAUAGUAAACAAAUUUAUAUUUCUACAAAAUAUAACAUCAUCAAUAAUUAUAUAUAUAAUAUAUUUAAAAAAUAAAAUGAAAAUAAAAAAUGAUGUAUUAUAUUUUGAUAAAAAAAAAAAUUAUAAUCUUUUUAUUUAUCCAAAAACUGGAUAUAUAAAACCUGGAGAAACAAUAAAAAUUAAUUUGAAUUUUAUUUUUGAUUAUUUUGCUUAUUCUUUUGGUUUUAUUCAAAUUAAAUAUUUUUAUAAAAAUAAAAUCUUUAAAAAAAAAAUUUUUAUAUCUAUAAAUCCAUUAUUUGAUAUAUUAGACACCUUUACAAAAAAUGGAAAAAUAACAGAUAAUGAUAAAAUAAAAACAAAAAAAUUAAUAAAAAAAUAUAAUAAUUUUAAAAUAUCAAAUAUAGAUUCUGUUACACAAAAUAAGACAUAUUUUCCAAAUAAGCAGAAAUUAGAAAAUAUGAUAAAGUGUAUAUAUUCUGAUUAUAAUAUAAAUAUAAACAAUUUUGAAAAUCUUUUGAAAAAAAAAAAUGAAGGCUUAAAGCAUAUAUUCAAAAUAAUAACAAAAACUCAAGUUCAUACAAAUAAAUCAAAUAUUAUACAUGAUAAAAUAAUUAGCAGCAAUAUUUGUCAAUCAGAUUUAAAAAAUAUUAUGAAUGUUUUUUUUUAUUAUAUAAAAAAUAAAAUAUUACAAUAUACCAAAGAAUCGUGUAGUAAUAAUCAGAUUCCAUUUCUUAAUUUUAAUACAAAUGAUUAUGUUAAUUUAGAAUCAAAAAUAUUUAAUUAUAAGUUAGAAACAAUUUUAAAAGAAGUAAAUGAAAUGGAAAAAGUUGAAAUACCAUUUAAUUUGUAUAAAAAUGGUAUUUACAAAAAUAGUGAAAUAUUUUAUGAAACCCUUUAUAAUUAUAUUUAUCAUCUAAUUUAUUUUCACCAAACUGAAGAAUGUAUAAAUAAAAAUACAGAUUUUGGCAUUCUUUUUACAAAUAAAUAUGACAAAGCAAAUUUGGAGUAUUUUACUAAAACAUCAAAACUUCAAGAUGUACACUUCCCAAGCAAUGUCAAUGCACGUGUUUUCAAAAAAUGGGGAAAGGAAAUAAAGGAAAGCGAAAAGAACGCGAUUAAUAAGACAUUUGAAUCCAUGUUAUUACAUGCUCGUAUAGAAAACUAUUUUAAAUGUUUUAUGAAUCAUAUAUAUUUUCAAAACAAGUUAAACAAUUCACACAUUUAUUAUUUUUACAAUUAUUUUAAAAUAAUUAAACUUAUUAAUCAGUAUUUUAUACUAGAUAAAAAUUCAUUUUAUUCUAAAUCGCCAAAACAAAAUGUUUUUAUAUAUAUGAAUCCAAGCUUAUAUAAUAUAAUUUUUUUAUAUGUUUUAGAAAAAUUGGGUUCAGAUUUUUUCUCUGAAAAUGAUUCUAAUAUUUUAAAUAAUUUUAAUUUGUUUUAUGAAUCUAAAAUAAAAGAUAUUAUAAACAAAUUGACAGAAUUAUUUUGGGAAUAUUUUUUAUCGAUUAUAUUAAGUAUAAAAGAUGGAGCCGAAAACAUCUACGCAUAUUUUGGAGAAGUAAAAAAAAUUGAAGGAAAAAAUAAUUUUUUCAAUUUGUUUCUAAUAUUAUAUUUAAAAGGAUUUAUUUCUAAAAUAUCAAAAAAACAAUAUAAUAUUCAAAUUUUAGAAAAUAAAAAUGAUGUUAUCGAAUAUGUUAAUAAUAAGUUUAGAGAAACAGAUACAUGUCAAUAUAAAUUUAAAAACAGAGAAGAAGAUGUUUCAAAAAAAGAUGAUCAAACUGGGGUAGACAAAAAUGAAAAUGAUAAAAAAUUGAAUAAUGAAAUUGCUUAUAAAAAUUUGGAUUUAUUAUUUGAAUACAAUGAAAUAUAUAAUGAAAUUUGUAAUUCUAUUUGUGAAUAUAAAAAUAAUGUUAAUUCAAACGAUUUAGAAAAUAACCAAAGUAUUAUGUUUAAAGGAAGCAUACUUUUUCUAAAAGAUAAAAUAAUGUUUUCACAAAUUGUUUAUGAAACUAAUAGAAAUAAAAUACAAAUAAGUAUAGAAAAUAAUUUAGAAAAAUUGAAAGAAGUUAAAGAAAAUGAGCAAACUAAAAUUGAUAUAAAUAAUAAUUUUAAUGAUAAAAAAAGUGAGCAUGAUAAAACAAAAAAAAGUAAAAAAAAUAAAAGUCCUGAAAAAAAAAAAACACAUAUCCAACCUAAUGAAAACAAACCAAACCAUAUUGAGUUCAAUUUUACAAAUUUCCAUUUUUUUAAAAUGUUUGAAAUUUUGAAUAUUGACACGUGCAUAAUAGAUGAUAAAAAAAUAUUAAAAAAAUCAGAAAUGCAAUGUAACCACUUUUAUUCAAAUGUCUUUACAUGGUUAAAAAAACAAAUUCCCAAAAAUGUCGAAAUAAAUUUGGGAUCGAUAAUGAAAAAAGAAAUGUAUAUUCUUCUUUAUAUAUUAAAUAUAAUAUCUAUUGACCACAUAAAUUUUUUAUUUAACCAUUUUAAAAAUUCAAACAUACUAUUGUACAUUGAAUAUUUAAAAAGCAAUGCAAAUUAUUUCUUAGACAUAUUUAGAAAUAUUUUACAAUUUUUUUCUAUGAAAAAUUAUUUAUCCAAAUUUAUUUUUGAAAAAAAUAUUCCAUUAUCUAUACAUUAUGAUCAUUUUUUAAUAAAUAACAUGGAAUUAGAAACAGACAAAAAAAAUGAGACUUUAAAUUUUUCAAAAGAAAUUUAUAAAAAAAUAAGAGAAAAUUGGGAAAUAAACAGAAUCAAAAAUAAAACAAAUAUAGAUGCAAAAUAUAUAUGUAUUAUAUCACCGAAUAUUAAAAAUAAAAUUUUAAAUUUUACAAAUAUAAAUGAAAUAUUAGAAUGGAUAAAACUGUUAAACAUAAUUAUUUUCUUAAACAUUUCAGAUGUGUAUAUUUCUGGAGAUUUAUUUCUACUUUUUUUAUUUUUUAUAUAUGAUUCAGAUAUUUUAAAGGGAUACAUUCCCAAACCUAAUGAUGAAACUUCAACUCUUUUUAUAUAUCCAAACAAAGUUAUUCAAACAAACACAAAUAAAAAUGAAGAAAUAGAAAAUGUUUAUUUCAAAAUAAUUGAUACAUAUAAUAUUCCUGAAAAUAUUUUAUUUUUAUUCAAAUUUUGUAUAUUUAACAUAAUAAAACAAUAUGAAAAAUAUAAGAUAAAUAUACAUUUUCCUUAUGAUAUUUAUGUAAAUUUUAAUUUUGAUAUUUUUCAAAAUAAAAAAUCUACACUUUAUUGUCUACUUCCAUAUACUAACUAUAGUAUAAUGAUAAAAUAUGCAAAAAAAAAUUUUAUAAAAAAAUAUAGUGAAGACAUUAACAAAACGAUGCAAAACAUACUAAAAGACAAUUUGAAAAAUACUUUAAUUAAUUCUAAUUCUAAUACUAAUAAAAAUUUAUUAAAUGGCAUUUUUAAUGAUCCAAACAUAUUAAAAUAUCAAAAAUUUUUAAAUCAACAAAAUUGUCAAAAUUCUAAAGGCACUAAAAAUGAUAAACCAGAAAAAUUAGCUACAUCUAUUUUAAACAUAGGUAUCAUUUCAAUUAAUAAUAUUUUAAAAAAUAUAAAUAAACAAAAUAAAAUAUUAUGGUUAUGUGGAUCAUUUGAAAAAUACAUAAAUGAUGAUAAUAAAAAUAGUAUGCAAAUAUUUAACCAUAUCUUAAACAUAUCAAAAGAUGAGCAAAAUAACUUUAUCAAUAUUCAUAAAGGCAUUCCUUUUGAGUUGUAUGCUAAUAAUUUAUUAAUUUUAAACAAACAAAUAUACUACUUAUAUAUAUAUCAUGCCCCAAAGGAAUUGCGUCUAAAUUUCGUUUUUAAUAAUUAUCAUAUUUUAACAAAUAUUUUUGAUCAUUAUUGUUAUUUCACUUUUCAAAAAUGUGAAUAA